GUUGAAAAGAACAAACAAGGACCGUCUGUUCAAUGAACGCAGCUCACAGAUUUCUGGAGCAUAUCUGGUUUCAUCUGUGGAGUGAAUGUGCGUGAAAUGUCACACGAUUAAGUUCGUGGAUGUAGAUUUGGUUUGAGUGGUACUUGGUCGAUUUCUCAAUCCACUGCUCAGUGCUUUAGCGUUUUUCCUAUCGGGUUCAGUCGAUCGAUCAAACACAGGCCCUCCCGCCGUCGAAUUGCGUCCAUACCAGUUUCUCCCUGUUAUUAAAAUGAAUUUGAUUUUCCUAGGAGUCGUAUUAACGAGCCUUCAGAUUUCGACCGGCUUAGAGGUUCGUCUGGUCAAUGGAAAGCACAAUUACGAGGGACGAAUCGAGGUAAAUUACAACGGUACGUGGAAAGCGGUUUGUGAUCACGGAUGGAACAGGAAGGCGGCCCGAGUGGUUUGUCGCAUGCUUGGAUAUCCUGAUGUGCUGCGCUUCACGAAAGGGCAACAUGCUUUCGGUUAUGGGAAUGGAAGAUUCUGGGUUGAUGACGUCAAAUGCACUGGAGACGAGGAGUCCAUUGACAAAUGCUCCCACAGGCCCUGGGGCCGACACAACUGUCUCAGAUACAAUCAAGCUGGAGUUAUCUGCAGAAUGCACAGGAGUGACGUGAUUGUUGAGCCCAAGCCUUCCAAAGCCAGCGGUGAGGUUUCAAAAGUCAAGAUUCAGUUAAUUGGCCCGAUUGUCAAUGAUUACAUAUCGGAAGGUAUCGUCCAAGUGGAACACGAAGGAAAGUGGGGUCAUAUUUGUACUUCUGAAUGGACACGCGCUAACUCGCACGUGCUCUGCGGUCAACUUGGAUUCCCGGCCUCCGCUGAGUCUGAUGCUGUGACCAUUCAGGAUGUGGAGCCCGUCUAUUGGUUGGACCAAGUCACGUGUAAAGGAUGGGAGUCUUCGAUUGUGUCAUGUGACCAUGCGGGAUAUUCAGACGCGACCCUAAGGCGACUGCUUAGAUUCAGCGUGAAAGUUGAAAACAGAGGACUGGAUCACUUUAGACCAAAAGCUGACAAGUCAACUUGGCAAUGGCACAAAUGCCAUCAGCACUACCAUUCUAUGGAGACUUUCUCCUCAUAUGAUCUCAUUCGUAAGUACAAUAGUAAAGUGUCGAACGGACAGGUGAACAGAAACAAGGAGAGUGCAAUUGACGGAGUGACUAUUGAGAGUCGGGACACUGGGGUUAAGGUUGCCGACGGACACAAGGCCAGCUUUUGUUUGGAGGACACCAAGUGCGACCCUGGGUUUGAGCAAGUAUGGAACUGUACGGACCGGGGUGAUCAAGGGAUAUCUCCCGGGUGUUACGACAUUUAUUACUACAAUAUCGACUGUCAGUGGGUGGAUGUUAGUGACUUCGUGCACGGUGGUUUUUACCUCCAAGUCCACCUGAACCCUGGCAACCAAGUGGCCGAGUCAGAUUUCAAGAACAACGUUGCCAAAUGCUCCGUGUAUGAUUAUGGCAAUUACCUUAUUUGCAACAAGUGUUGGAUUGUGAACAAAUUUAAAACGACUGCGAAAGCGGGCUCGACACUCAUGGCGGCAAUUCUGGGGGCAGCUGCUGCGUAUUUCCGUUCAAGUUCAAUGGUUCUUCUUGAUGAAGUUGUCUGCAGGGGAUCAGAGAGGAAUAUCUGGCAGUGCAAGCACCGGGCCUGGCGCAUCUCAGAUUGUGAUCAUCAUGAAGACGCGAGUGUCAAAUGUCACGUACCACCACUUCAGGGGCAUGAGGUUCGCAUUCGAGGUGGCGCAAAUCCUUUCGAGGGACGGGUUGAAGUCUUCCAUGAUGGCAAAUGGGGAACUGUUUGUGGUGAUGAAUGGGGCAUAGAGGAAGCCAUGACAGUUUGUCGACAGCUGAAUCUCGGCUAUGCCAGUGAUGCUGUUACCCAGAGUAACUUCAGCGAAACGGACCUUGAAGUAAUCAUGUCUGGGGUUAAAUGUAGAGUGGACGAGAUCUCUAUUUACAACUGUGAGCAUGAUGAGUGGGAGAAUGCCACGUGCAGCAGGAAGAAGAAAUCAGCAGGCGUUAUUUGUGUUAAUGCUUUGCCGGAUCUUGUUCUCGAUACUGAUCUUCUCAGAGGCCACAUGGAAAUGAAUAUGCUUCCUUUAUAUAGCUUGAGGUGCGCCAUGGAAGAAAAUUGUCUCUCUAAAAGUGCGGCAGGUCAGCUAAGAUAUUCAGACGCGACCCUAAGGCGACUGCUUAGAUUCAGCGUGAAAGUUGAAAACAGAGGACUGGAUCACUUUAGACCAAAAGCUGACAAGUCAACUUGGCAAUGGCACAAAUGCCAUCAGCACUACCAUUCUAUGGAGACUUUCUCCUCAUAUGAUCUCAUUCGUCGGGACACUGGGGUUAAGGUUGCCGACGGACACAAGGCCAGCUUUUGUUUGGAGGACACCAAGUGCGACCCUGGGUUUGAGCAAGUAUGGAACUGUACGGACCGGGGUGAUCAAGGGAUAUCUCCCGGGUGUUACGACAUUUAUUACUACAAUAUCGACUGUCAGUGGGUGGAUGUUAGUGACUUCGUGCACGGUGGUUUUUACCUCCAAGUCCACCUGAACCCUGGCAACCAAGUGGCCGAGUCAGAUUUCAAGAACAACGUUGCCAAAUGCUCCGUGUAUGAUUAUGGCAAUUACCUUAUUUGCAACAAGUGUUGGAUUGACGACUGCGAAAGCGGGCUCGACACUCAUGGCGGCAAUUCUGGGGGCAGCUGCUGCGUAUUUCCGUUCAAGUUCAAUGGUAAACUCUAUCACGGCUGUACAAUGGAUGGAUACAGGAAAAAAUGGUGCGCCACCACCUAUGAUUUCAGAAAAAACCGAAAGUGGGGACUGUGUUUCGAUUGGAGUGGAAUUCUGGCAUUUCAACACGACAGAAAUCGACUCAAGAUGUCGUGUUUUCUGCUUGCUGCAUUCCUGUUGAGCGCAAGACUUGUAAGUGGCUCUGAGGUGCGACUAGUGGGAGGAAAGCACUCAUAUGAAGGCAGAGUCGAGGUGAAAUACGACGAGGAAUGGAAAGCGGUUUGUGAUCAUGGAUGGAAUAUGAAAGCCGCUGAUGUGGUUUGUCGUAUGCUUGGAUUUCCAGACGCGUUGCGCUUUACCAAAGGACACACUGCCUUUGGUCGUGGUGAUGGACACUUUUGGUUAGAUGACGUCAAUUGCGGUGGACGAGAAUACGACAUUGAACGAUGUUCUCAUAGAGACUGGGGACGACACAACUGUCGCUCAACCAAUCAAGCUGGUGUUAUAUGUAAGCUUCAUCGAAGUGAUGUGCUGUUUGGACCGGAGCCAUCACCAGCCAGCGGUGAGGUUCUAAGCGUGAAAUUAAAGUUACAAGGCCCGGUUGUCGAUGACUACAUAUCUGAAGGCAUCGUUCAAGUGGAACAUGAGGGAAAGUGGGGUUACAUUUGUCCUUCAAACUGGAAACAUGUGAACUCCUACUUGUUGUGUGGUGAGCUUGGAUUCCCGAAUUCCACGGAACUAGAGUCUUACAAAGAGACUAUUCAGGAUGUGGAGCCCGUCUAUUGGCUGGACCAUGUGACGUGUAAAGGAUGGGAGUCAUCGAUCGUGUCAUGUGACCAUGCGGGAUGGGUUCGUCACCAGUGUGAAGGAGGAGGAGCACUGAAGAUCAAAUGCGCGCGCAAAAGUAUUACAAACACUCCAGAGGUGCGACUUCGUAGCGGGACCUUGGUGUCCGAAGGAAGAGUAGAAGUAAGGCUCCGUGACAGCUGGGGAACGAUAUGUGACGACCACUGGACCUUGAGAGAAGCUAACGUGGUCUGCAGGUCCUUAGGUUAUGGGUCAGCGGCAAUAGCAGCAAAGAAUGCGUUCUUCGGAAGAGGAAUUGGACAGAUCAUACUACAUGACGUCCGCUGUCAAGGAGUUGAGAGGAACAUCAGUCAGUGUAAACACCGGGGAUGGCGCAGAUCAGAGUGUAAUCAUUACGAGGACGUUGGCGUCAAAUGUCAUGCACCAAAGCUCCAAGGCCAUCCGAUUCGGCUUAGGGGUGGUCUGAACUCUUACGAGGGCCGUGUUGAAGUUUUUCACGGUGGCAGAUGGGGGACUAUUUGCGCUGAUAACUGGCGAAUAGAAGAAGCGAUGGUGGUAUGUCGACAGUUGAAUCUCGGAUAUGGGAGCCAUGCUGUUACGCAGAACUAUUUCGGUGCCACAAAUCUCAGAGUCAUCAUGUCUGGCGUGAUUUGUCGAGUGGACGAGAUCUCCAUUUACAACUGUCAACAGGAUCCAUUGGAAAACGCAACGUGUAGUAAAAGCAAUAAAUUAGCAGGAGUCAUUUGCACGGACGAAUUACCAGAUCUCGUAAUUGACACUGAUAAACUACAGAGGGAAAUGGAAUUGAAGUUCCUUCGUUUGCGUUCCCUGCAAUGUGCAUUGGAGGAAAACUGCCUCUCAAUAAGCGAGGAUGACGUCUCUAGGAAUGAAAAUAACUACUAUGCUCGCCGAUACAGUUUACGAAAAUUAUUGAGGUUUACAACCAAGAUCGAAAACCGAGGUUGGGAUCACUUCCGACCGAACUCGCCCAGAUCAGGCUGGCAAUAUCAUCAGUGCCACAGACAUUACCACUCCAUGGAAACAUUUGCCAGUUAUGAUCUACUUCGUAAGGGUAACUAUAUGAGACGCGCUCAAGGACACAAAGCCAGUUUCUGUUUAGAGGACACGGAGUGUGAUCCGGGAUUCGAAAAGAGGUGGAAUUGUACCAGGGGUGGUGACCAAGGCCUAUCUCCCGGAUGUUUCGAUAUCUACAGUUCUAAGAUUGACUGUCAGUGGGUGGACUGUACCGGGAUUUCCGGCGGCUCCUUCUACCUUCGAGUUCAACUCAAUCCCGGCAACCAAGUGGCUGAAUCUGAUUUCAAGAACAAUGUUGCCAAAUGUACAGUGUAUGAUUACCGGAGUUUUAUCAUUGCUGACAAGUGCUGGAUCGAGACUUGUGAGAGUGGUGUAGACACCUAUGGCGGAAAUUCCGCCGGUCAAUGCUGCGCACUUCCCUUCUGGUACAAUGGUAAGGAAUAUCAUUCCUGCACUACUGACGGACACACAAAGAAAUGGUGUUCAACAACCUACAAUUACACAAAAGACAAGAAAUGGGGAUUCUGUUUUAACUAGGAAAGUAGAUGGCCACGAUGGCAUUCCACUCAAAGUCAAGCAUCUUUGUACAAAGCUUCUCCAGUUAGAUUUUCGCCAGUUUUGUUUUGGUACAAAAAGCAAGUCGAUUUUUUAACCUAAUACAGGCAUAUUAUAAUCUAGUAAGUGUAAAAUAACCCGUUUUGCCGUUUCCAUAUAACUUUGCUCUUUCUAACCACAAAGGGAACUAAAGCGCCCAUAUUGUUCAAUCCCUCCUUGUCGUACUUUAUUUCACCUCCUAUCUCCCAAGAGUCAUGACAACACUUGCGCGUGGGUCUAGGAACAUCAUUUUAACGUUUCAAAUACCCUCUCAACUGUAAAUGACGUCUUUAUCUUCGAAAUUCUGUCUUCACAAAAAUAAAAUACUCGCGUAAACUACCUCGUCUUCAACGAACGAACGAAGUCUUUAGCUUUUUAAGAAACUGUUGGGCUACGUCGACGGGUAAGUGAGAGCCUUAGCUGUUUGUUAUCAGCUUAAAAUAUUACCGCCGUGGCCAUACUGAGCGAUUUUGGGUAGCUGAGGUUUCGAGCGUCGUCUCUUCCUUGGUCCUUGUGGGGAGGCAGCGUGGUCGAGUGGUCAGGGCGCCGGACUUGAAAUCCGGAGGUCGCAGGUUUAAGUCCCACUCUGACCACUAAGCUGGAGUUGUUUCUCG